GGGGCGCGGCCCAUUUGGGCGAGGCCGAGACCGGGCGGCCCGCGCUGGCUCGGGAGGAUCAGAUCCGAACAGAGGUCGUGCAGUACUGGCUAUUGACGGGGACCGGGCGGCCUCGAGUCCUGGCGGGGUUCGGGUUCGACUUCUGAGGCUGCAGGCGCGGCCUGAGGUGAGCGAAGCCGCCCUGCACUCCCAACACGCACCCAAAGUUUAACUUCUCAACAGCCCUCGGGACGGAGCCAGAGACGCCCCGGGUAGCGCGGCCCUCGCUCCAAAGCGCCGCCGGGUUCCUUCGUCCCCUUCCAGUGUUCGCCGGGGUCACGCAUGUAGGAAGAGCUCAAUAAAUACGUAUCAGAGAGGCGCUGAUCCAGUGAGGGCAGUGAGGUUGCCAGCUUUGUCCUCCGUGGCUGGGACUGGCUCUGCCUCGGUGUGCCCAUUUGUAAAGUGGGUCUAUACCUGGGGGUUACAUGAGGUCGUCCCUGCAACAUGCUGCAUUCACUCCAAGAUCAACCACAGCACUGCUCCGAGCCAGCUCCUGGACCCCGAGUGGAGCUCAGGGAGGACCAGGCCUGCGGCCCAUGGCCGGUGGACAUCUGGACCUGCGCCGGCUGCUGAGCUGGCUCUGCACGCUGCUGAUGGCAGAGGCGGCAUCUGGGGCCAGGGCCCCGUCCCCAGGGGCUGCUCCGUUUCCAGCUGCAGGUGUCACCCAGGCCCCCAUGGUGGACUGUCGCAGCGUGUGCGGCCUCAAUGUCUCUGACCGCUGCGCCUUUGUCCGCUCCAACCCCAGCUGCCACAGCGACAGUGGUUACCUGGACUACCUCGAGGGCAUCUUCUGCCACUUCGCGCCCGGCCUGCUGCCCCUGACCAUCACCCUCUAUGUUCUGUGGCUGCUGUACCUGUUUCUGGUUCUGGGAGUCACUGCAGCCAAGUUCUUCUGCCCCAACUUGUCAGCCAUCGCCACCACCCUCAAGCUGUCCCACAACGUGGCAGGCGUCACCUUCCUGGCCUUUGGAAACGGCGCCCCCGACAUCUUCAGUGCUCUGGUGGCUUUCUCGGACCCACGCACAGCCAGCCUGGCCAUCGGGGCUCUGUUUGGCGCUGGCGUGCUGGUCACCACUGUGGUGGCCGGAGGCAUCACCAUCCUGCGCCCCUUCCUGGCCACCUCCAGGCCCUUUCUCAGGGACGUCGUUUUCUACCUGACAGCUGUGUUCCUCACCUUCACCGCACUGUACCUCGGCAGGGUCACGCUGGCCUGGGCCCUGGCCUACCUGGGCCUGUACGUGUUCUACGUGCUCUCGGUGAUCCUCUGCACCUGGAUCUACCGAUGGCAGUGUAGGAGAUCCCUGGGCUACUCCAUGCCGGGGACACCAGAGCUGCUGCCAGACUCGGAGGAAGACCCCGUGUCUUCGAACACCAGCAGCUAUGAUUAUGGUGACGAAUACCGGCCACUGUUCUCCUACCAGGAGACCACGGUGCAGAUUCUGGCCUCGGCCCUGAACCCCCUGGAUUACCGGAAGUGGAGAAGCCAGUCGGUGUUCUGGAGGGUGUUCAAGGUGUUCAAGCUGCCUGUGGAGUUCCUCCUGCUCCUCACCGUGCCUGUCGUGGACCCGGACAAAGACGACCGGAACUGGAAACGUCCGCUCAACUGUCUGCACCUGGUCAUCAGCCCUGUGGUUGUGGUCUUGACACUGCAGUCCGGGACCUACAGCAUCUAUAAGAUUGGUGGCCUCGUGCCCAUCUGGGCUGUGGUGGUGAUCACUGGCACCGGCCUGGCAUCUGUGACCUUUUUUGCCACUUCCAACUGGGCGCCCCCUCGGAUCCACUGGCUCUUUGCUUUCCUGGGCUUCCUGACCAGUGCCCUGUGGAUCAAUGCAGCUGCCACGGAGGUGGUGAACAUCUUGCGGUCCCUGGGUGUUGUCUUCCAGCUGAGCAACACGGUUCUGGGGCUUACGCUGCUGGCCUGGGGGAACAGCAUCGGAGAUGCUUUCUCAGACUUCACCCUGGCCCGCCAGGGCUACCCGCGGAUGGCGUUCUCCGCCUGCUUCGGUGGCAUCAUCUUCAAUCUCCUGGUGGGCGUGGGCCUGGGCUGCCUGCUGCAGAUGGCCCGGGGAAGCCUGGAGGUCAAGCAGCAGGCUGUGCCCAGCAGUGCCCCAGCCAGGAAUCUGCCGGCUGCAGCCCUCUCGUUCCCCGCAGCUGGAGCCCGAAGGCCUGCUGGGCUGGGUGCUGGCCGGAGCCCUGGGCCUCAGCCUCGCGUUCUCCUUGGUCGCCGUCCCGCUGCAGUGCUUCCGGCUCAGCAGGGCCUAUGGCAUCUGCCUGCUGCUCUUCUACGCCUCCUUCCUGACCGUGGCCCUGCUCACGGAAUUCGGGGUGAUUCACAUGAAGCACACGUGACUGAAGCCGCCCAGCGUGCGGCCGUGGCAAUGAGGGGUCUCCACGGCCUCCCGAAGGCAGAACAGGACGUGCUCCUGCGGUUGCUCUCACUGCCAGGGCUCUUGGGAGCCGCCACUGUGUCCCCCUGGCUACCAGCAGCCACAGCCCCAGUGCUGGGCCUGGGGUCUGGUCGGCGGGGCUGAACCCCUGGGGAGGCCGGGGUUGGGACAGCAGUGGUCAGCUCUGCCUCCUCCCUCGCUGGCUUCCGGCCGCCUGCACAACCCUGGCAGUCAGGGGGACUCGGACUGAGGGCCAUCAGGUGGGCAGGAACAACAGGUGGACCCUCCUCAUUAAGAAUUUGAAGUCCAUAAAACCAGAAGAAAUGAGACGGCCCGUAACACCUGUCGCUGGACCCAGCGGCUUUGAGACCUCUCGCUGGGGCAGCCACGUGGCUGGACAGUGGCUCUGGAUGGUCCUUAGAACUGUGCGCCCAGAACCCCGCGGCCCCGGCUGCAUCACAGGUGUCUGCUUACCUCAGGUGUGGGGUGGGCCCUGCCCAUCAAUACUUAGCUCUAGUUUGCUUUCCGUUGUCUGUGAAGGGAUUCAGUGUUUUCUAAGUAAAGAUGAAGCAUUUCCAGCAUCCAGGAAGUGGCUGCCCGACUCUUACCAAUUCUUUACCAGGGCCAGGGGAGGGGCGCUGAAGGCAAGGGUGAGAAGGGCCAUGAGGGGCCCCCACCACAUAAACCGGAAGUCACGAGGCGGCAGCCACGUCUACAAAGCACAGG